CGGAAGCAGAGCGUGGAAUGUUGGUACAUUGUUGUUGUUUUGUAGUUAAUUCAGUCCGAGGAUACACCGCUGCUGGACGCUUUAUACCAACUGUGUCAAGUUACUCCGCCGCGCGUAUCGGAAACCUACUCCGCCACUUUUUACGCAUCACGGUCCACAGAUAUCCGCGUCCACAGAGUGUGUCUUCUGUGAGACUCUGGCCAGUUGUCUGCAUGCAGGGAAUGACGACUCAUUUUAAGACGAGCAAAGCUUUAAGGGUCAAGAAGGAGGCGGGUGAGAAUGCCCCGGCGGUCAGCGACGAUGAGUUAGUGGCCAUGUCCGUGCGGGAGCUCAACCAGCACCUGCGUGGGCUGACCAAGGAUGAUGUUGGGAAGUUGAAACAGCGGCGAAGGACCCUGAAGAACCGGGGCUACGCCGCCAGCUGCCGGAUCAAACGCGUCACCCAGAAGGAGGAGCUGGAGAGACAGAAGAUAGACCUGCAGCAUGAGGUGAACAAGCUGGCCCGCGAGAACGCCAGCAUGAAGCUGGAGCUGGAUGCUCUACGAGCCAAGUAUGAGGCCCUGCAGUGUUUCGCCCGGUCCGUGACCCGCGGGCCCCUCUCGCCGGGCAAAGUGGCCACGACCAGCGUCAUCACCAUCGUCAAGUCCGCCAACCGCAACAACUCCAGCCCGAACCCGUUCUCAACUCUUUCCUAGUGUUGACAGGACUGGGCUCUCCUACUCCUGCCUGGUCCUUCCCGGUUCUGACCCAGCCUGAACCCACUCCUCCUGCACUGAGAGGACGCUCAGUAGUCAGACUAAAGGGAUGGAAUGGGGUGGCAUGCUGUCUGUGAUGUUACUCUGCUCUCACGACUGUCUCUCUCCUUCUGUCUCCCUUACACACUGUCUGUCCACUGUGCAACCCCCCCCCCCCCCCCGACCCCCCCAGCACCGGCAGGGUACUGGGCCUCUGUGACCUUUCCUCCAUGACUGUUAGCAGAGAUUUACUCCAGUGUGAACAAGUCUUUCACAUGCCUUAAUGUGGCAGCACUGGCCCGGGCCUGCUCUUUAAGUCACACACAUGUGACAGUAAAGCUGUUUGUAAAGCCGACGCCAAAUCACAUUAUCUUCACGUAGAAAUGCCUCAAUGUCAACGGAGAAUUCAAAGUGGUUUCCUUAAAACAAAUGACCUUUAAGUGAUCAAUAGGAAUUAUUAUAGAACACUAACGCAAAGAGGAUUGAUGCUUGGAGGUCAGUUAGCCACUUCUUUACAGACACAACAGGCGUUAUGGUAAAACUUUAUGUCUAGUAUGCAUUAUGAACAUACUUGUAAUGCAUCAUCUGCUUAUAGCAUAUUCGUAAUGCUUCAUAACUUAAUUGCUGAUCACUCACUGACUUUAUAAACAUACUUUUAAUGUUAGAAUUAUACUGCAUAUAGUAUUAUAUGGGAUUAUAAAGUCAGAGAGUGACCAGCUGUAAAAUGUGUUGCGAUUAUACUUAUAAAGCAUUAUGAAUAUAAGUGCUUACAACUUUAAAUAUACAGUGCUAUAAGCAGAUUUUAAUGCAUUUUAAGGAUGUUUGUAAAGCAUUAUAGACAUCAUAGAAAGUGUUCUUCUAAGAGUACAGCAGUAGGUUCCAUACUUGUGCAAAUGCUGCUCUAAUACAGGAACACUUUUCAUUUGUGUUUGAAAAGGUUAAAACUCUCAUCAGGCCUGAAUUUGUAUGCAAACCUUUGCUGGACUUUAUUGACUCCACUUGUAAACAUAUUUGUAAAAGGUGCCCAUUUGUGCUUUAAAAAAAAAAAAAAAGAAAUCUAUUGGCAACUGCAGCAAGUUGUCUCACCUCUACAUGAGGUACAUCAGCGUUUAAAGAGGCGUAUCUGAUGCACCUUUGUGUCGCUACAGCUCAUCCGUGGAACGCUUGACGUGCGAGUUUGGUCAGAGAAUAGUGUCGUGUAAAUGGUUUAAGAUAUAGGAGUGGUUUGUGCAGAUGCUGCAAGGGAUUCGUUUGGUAUCUUUGUGACUCUUUGACUCUUUGAAAGAUUCACUAUUUGUGCUGAAAUGCAAAAAGAGGUGAAUACUUGUUUUCCACAAAUUCAAAUGGCUAUUUGAACAGGUAGAUUUGGAAAGUGAUUUUUGGGCCGGAUUUGAAAUGUAACAUUGCCCAGUGUCUAUUUUAUAUACAGCACUUAAAACUGUAACGAUGCAGUAUAAAGAAAACAAGUCGCAGGGCAACAGAAAGAAGCUAUUUUUGCAUUUGUGAAGUGAGUCGGUGGUUAAAUGUGGAGCGUACUGUAACGUUAAGCCUGAUGUAACUACUCUCUGAUGUGUAUACCACAGCACUUACUUGUGUUGCCUCUUCCCCUUGUACAUGCCACUCUUCGAUAGGUAAUCCAUAUUGGAUAUAGUGAUAAUGAGAGCGGUCCUUAGAAGUGAAAAGCAACUUACUUCCUGUAUAUUACAGACUACCGAAAAGAAUAAGCUCCCACUGCCUCCAUUGUCACUUUACAAUCGAGAACUCCGUCCAAAUAGAAAAUCAUUCCUACUGCUGGGUCACGAGAAGUGCUGCUGCUGGAGUUGGUAACUCUGACACGUUUCUGAUACUUUAUAUGCAUAUAUAAAUAUAUAUAUUACAUAUUUUUCUAUAUUUAUGUAUUUUACUAUCCUGGGAGUGGUGUGGUUAUGUAAUCAUUCUUAAGCAGUCAAAUUACGUUGAUGCUGACCUUCUUUUGGAAAACGUUGUAUUCACAUUUACAAUGAGAAAAGUUUUUUCAUAACUUAAAGUCUUCUUUGUUUAUACCCCAUGAAGAAAUAACAUUUAGUACACAGCGUGCCCAGGGUUACACACAGAUCUGUAACAGUGGAGAACUGACUGACUGUUAGUGAAGAGCACAUUUAUCAUCUUACUUCAUGAUGAUGUGAUUAAGAGAGAAGUUGGAAGUCAAACAGAAUUCAACACAUCGUAUCUGUGAAUGUUUUAGCCUUCGUUCAGGUCUCCAUUAGUUUAAGGAUAAACGAGGACACAUCUUAUGUGUGAGUGUUCACCUGCGUGUAAUCCCAGUCAGCUGUUCUGGACAUAAAGACGAUAUACUUUUUCUAAUGAUGCCAUUUUGUCGACGGGUUAAAACAGGGGUGUCAAACUCACGUUAGUUCAGGGGCCACAUGCAGCACAGUGUGAUCUCAGGUGGGCCGGACCAGUAACAUCACAGCAUGAUAACAUGUAAAUAACCACGACUUCACAUGUUCCCUUCGUUUUAGUGCAAGAAAGUACAUUCUGAAAAUGUUCAAACAAAACUUUAUGAACAACCUGACAUUUCUUAAGAACAAAAGGAGCAAAUUCAACAAUAGUGUCAGUUUAUCAUUUACACACGUGUGUUACAACUUACAGAUCAGUGUGUCUACAAAGGCUUUUACUUCAUGAUCAAAAUCAUUUUUACACUUUGCACAGUCAUCCCGCGGGCCAGAUUGUACCCUCUGGCGGGCCGGUUUUGGCCCCCGGGCCGCAUGUUUGACACCCCUGGUUUAAAAGACGAUGGUGAGGCUUUUGUAACCUUUACCGGAAAAUAAUUCCAAAGCUGCUAAAGACUGCUCACCCAGACUUCUCUACGUGUCGCGCCUCGAGUUAAGUCAGAGGAAUAUAUCGAUGCAUAUAACAUGUUUACAGAAGUCCUUUUCCAGCAUGUUAUUUACGAGACAAUACAGCUUGAAGCGUUUCCUGACAGCGACCUCUAGUGGUGAAGCGUCGACACUACAUGCUGUAAAGUUCAUUAUUUUUAGCACAUAUUACUGUAUUUGGAUCAAAAGGUGGAUUCUUCCAGGCAGCACACCUUUACAAUAAUACUCACAGUAUAAGAGAAGACAAACCUCUCUCCAGGUGAAUUAAGUACUUUGUUGUUAAUCGUAGGCAGAUCUUUCCCACACUUAUAAUUCAUAUUUUCUACAAGCCAUUUCUUUUCUUGUUUGGUUUAUGGGUGAAAAGAGGUAAACGUUACCUACCGUGGAGGUUUCCUUCCUACAGUUGAAGCGACCGCAGCAGCACCACGGAGCUGUAACAACUGUUAACGAUGUCGUGGUUAUUUAACAUUUUAUUUGAACCAUAACAAUGCAAAUGUACGUAUGGAAAUGAGUUUUCUUGUAUAUCUCGACUAAUGGGUUUCCAUCCAAACAUGUUACCGAAGCUUUGCCAGUCCUACAAGCUACAGUAUUUAACUUUAGACAUGUAGAAAGUUUUGUAGAUUAAAAGGAGGAGACUAUAAAUUCGGAAAAAGGAAUGGAGAACGUUUAUGGAUGAUAGGGUUGUGGGUGAAAUAGUUCAUGUUAGUUCAACAGCGGCGGCUUCUAUGUUAAGUUUGUUGUAGUCUCUUAGCAUCAUGUUGAAGCUAAACAAUAUAAGGCAGCAUAAACUACGUAUGUACCCAUCACAACUUGACAUUACUCUGCUCAUAUACCGUAUAUUUUAUAUUUAUUUCAUUGAAUUUUGUAAUUUUAUUAAAAAAACAAAACACCUAAAUUAUUUUUUUAUUUUCAUUUAUUUACAUGUUUUCUCCUCAUGUACAAAUAAAGUCUGUAUUUGUUUCUGCUGAAGUCUGCUGAAGUGUGCCGUGUCUGUUUUUGUACCUUUUUAAAUAAAGCUUUUCCCUCGUAAA